AUUAGGCUGCUCACUGAGGAGAACAAAUGAACAACACACAGCUGUAGUGUGUCUGACACACGGUCCUAUGCCUGCUACAGUCAGUGAAGGCUACUUCUUCUACACCAGCUGUAGUUUCUUCACUGGUGAACUAUCCAGGCCUCCUUAAAAAGCCCUCUGCAGGUGAAAAACAGAAUAGCAGACAAGUAAAGCAGCCGCCUGUGGUAAUGUAAUGUUCUUCUCAUUCUUCUUCUUCAUCUUCGUCUUCUCCCUCUUAUGGAGACAUCAUGAAGGUUUCAACCACUGGAGCUUCAAAGAGAACUGCGCAGCAGGACAGGCUGGAAUACUCAGGUGUAAGGGCAUCACACACCAUGGCAGAGACUGACAGUGACAGAAUGAAAAAGUAUAAGUCAAAAAUCUACAGCGUGGGAGAUGAAUAUGAUAUCGAUCCAGCUCUCAUUGCUGCCAUCAUCUCCAGAGAGUCCAGGGCUGGACAUACAUUGCGCAAUGGCUGGGGAGACUGGGACCCCAGCAGAAAUGCGUAUAAUGCCUGGGGACUGAUGCAGGUUGAUGUUAAUCCAAAGGGAGGUGGGCACACUCCUAAAGGUGGCUGGGACAGUGAGGAACACCUCUGCCAAGGCACUGAGAUCCUAGUUGAUUUUAUUAAACUGAUUCGCAAUAAAUUUCCUAACUGGAGCACAGAGAUGCAGCUGAAAGGAGGCAUAGCAGCCUACAACCAGGGAGAUGGAAAGGUGAAGUCCCAAAAUGUGGACGCACUCACAACAGGUGAAGACUACGCCAAUGAUGUUGUUGCCAGAGCUCAGUGGUACAAAAACAAUGGUUUUAGUAGCUGAAGCUGUCAACAACAAGAAUCACCCUCAAAUCAUGAAACACUGUGAAAUGUGUGUCUUGUGCCAAACCUUAAGCUAAAUAAAGACAAUGCAAAACCACAAA